UCGGAGAAGGGGACACGAUGACAGAGCAGACGUUGGAACGAGGUGCUCUGCAGAUGGAGAAAGGGGCCACAAGCCAAGGGGUGUAGCUGCCUAUGGAGGCUGGAAAAGGCAGGAAAAUGGGCUCUCCCCUGGAGCCUCCGGAGGAACCAGCAGCACUGAUGCCUUCUGACCUCCAGACCUGUGAGCUACCAAAUUUGUGUUGUCCUGAGCCCCUAAAUUUGUGGCGCUUUGUGACAGCAGACAUUGGAAGCUCAUAUAGGCAGUCAGCUCUUCAGGGGGCAGAGAUGGGAUUCGAACUCAAGCCUGGCCGAGUUGAACGCUCCGGGCUGUCUCUUGGAAGUGCGAAGCUUGGAACUAUUCCAGAUUUUUCCCCCCUCAGGGUCACGGGGCAGUGCCUGGCACUCAGAUGUGUCAAUCGUUUUUAUUAUUGCACCUCCUUCCUGUCUGCACAGUGUCCGUUCCUCCAUCUGCUCUGCUCAAGAACCUUCCAUGGCUCCCCAUUACCCUCAGGAUAAUGUCCAGGCCCUUUAUGGCAAUGGAGAACUUUGGGGCCUGGCUCAUGUCUCCUAGUGGGUCUACACUGUACAACCCAGCAGACAAAGGCACUCGACCCUCAUGGGCUGGGUCUCAGGGGCCACCUGGACUCUACUGAGAAAGCCUUCCUGAAGCUUGAAAACUUGCACACAGCCUCCUUCUACGUAUAGCUUGUGAGAAUCUCCUGACCUUCCCUCAUAGCCAGAACACUCUGGACACCAUUUCUAGUCAGCACCCCCUCCUCCGGGGGCCACCGUACCCUGUGUCACCUUCAUUAUCGUACCUGUACCCUCCUUUUCGGGUCCCAGUGUGCCUGCCCUCCAGCCGGAAAAGCCACCGUGGCCAGGCGCGCACUCUCCAUGGGUUGAUGGCUUCUGGCCUCGAGGAAUGUUCUGUCUGUCUCAUCUGUGCUCUGGAGGAAGCCGACAGCCUGAAGUUCCAGUGGCUGGGGCCCUGGAAACACAACAGUACCAGCAAGAAAAGCCUCCCGGGCUGGACUUUGGCUCUGCCACAGCACCACCCAGCUCCACGCCCGUCCCCUGCUCCCUUUUCAACCUCUCCCACAGCCCCCAGGCCCAGGACUGGCCCAGGAGUGCCAGAGGGAGCAGGUUCAGGACAGGUUCCUCACCGGAGAAAGAGAAAGAGAGAGAAAGAGAGAGGUUCGUGGCUCUCUACUUGCCCUGCAGAGCCCGGCAUGUGGGGCUACCUGUCCCUGCUGCCUGCUUUCCUGGCCGUCUGGGCUAUCACUGGAGUCUGGACUGUUUUUGCCCUUGCAGUGGCCAACAGGGCUGUGAACCUCACCGAGGGUUUCCCCUAUAUCAGAGCUGCAUCUUCAGCCAGCUGCUCAACAUGGGAGCUGCUAUGGGAGUCCGGGUCCGGGGCUCCCGCCCACUUCCCUCUCCUCCCAGCCGCCUGGAUCUGCAUUAUCCGUUACCACCAGCUCCGGGACUUGGGGGUCGGAAAGUGGUUUAACCUGCUGAUCCUGUGGACCGGACUCCUGUGUGCCCUGGGCACCUCCGUGGUGGGCAAUUUCCAGCAAAAGAACCAGCUGCCCACGCACCUGACAGGGGCCUUCUUCGCCUUCUUCGUGGGCAACCUGUACUUCUGGAUGCAGCAUUUACUCUUCUGGUGGAUGAAGAGCCUGCCCCAGCCUGGGCCUCCCUGGAUCGGGCCACUCCGCCUGGGCCUCUGCAGCCUCUGCACCAUCCUUAUGGUGACCAUGGUCAUCCUCCACUCCUGGCUGCUGCGCUCGGCCUCUGCUGCCUGCGAGUGGGCCGUGGCCAUGCUGCUGUUCACGCUCUUUGGCCUGUUUGCUGUGGACUUCUCCGGCCUGGACGGCUGCACCCUGACUCUCCGGCCGGGCCCCAGCCUCAGCUCUCCACCCGCCUCCCCCAUCUCCCUGCAGAUCCCCCUGUGAACGGCAGUCCGCUCGGUGUGGUCUGACCCCGGCGCUGCGAUCGAUCGCGGCUACCCGGGAAAGACACGGACGCAGGCAGGGUCACGCGAAACCAGAAUUCCUUCCGGAGAGCAAAUCCGUACAGAAGGUUGUUGAGGGAAGGGGAGAACCGGGGAAGGGGGGGCCCGGGAAGGAGGAGUUGGGGAACACAGGGACAGAUGGCCCUCUCCGUCCGGAUCUGCUAAGCCACCCCAACCAGCCCCCGUCCCUCCCCCACCCGCCCCGCAGAGAGAUUGAUCAAUAAAUAAAAUAAUAAAUUAAUCAAUAAAUAAAAUAGAAACAGCUCCCCCCCCCUCAGUCCCCCCUAGAACCACCCCCCAUUGGGCACGGCCCCCUGAGCCCCAUCCCUGCGGGGCAAGGCCGGGUUUGUUGUAUCUCUCCCCUCCCUACAUACUCCUUGGGCCCUAUUUACAGAUUCACAGUUGGGGGGCAGGGAAGGGGGGUGGAGGGGGCUCCCCUCCUUCCCCGGCCCCCUGGGGUCAGGGCAGAGGAGUCCCGUUGGUGGCCAGGAGCUUCUUGUCCUUAGCGGGGCCUCGGCGGGGAGAGCCGCUCAGCUCUGGGUCUGGGCGGCCAGGCGGGGGCUGCAGGCUUCUGGGUGAGGUACCAGCAGGCCGAGUCUGGGCCCCGUUCUUCUCGUCUGUGGAGGAGGAAGCAGUCUGGCCUCAGUACCCUCACGGCUGCCAACCCCCAAGGAACAUGUUCCGGCAGCCGCACGGGGCUGGAAGCCUGGGGAGACGGUUGCCGGGAGGACACAUCUGCAGCCGGACCUGGCGAUCUCAGGACGGCAGGUCACACAUCCUGGGCCCCUCCAAGCUGUGUGACUGUGGGAACUGGGCCAAAUGAAUCCCGGUGAGAGCCGGCGGCCCACCCUCAGGAGGCGUCCUCACAGACUCUGGCUAGGACGCUAUUCGCUAAGGGACAGCCUGUCGCAGCAGCAGCAGCAGCUCAGAUUUGGGGAUGAUAGCCAGAGGUCCCCUUUCCUUCCUCCCAACCCUGGUUGUUAGGGAGGACGCUCCUUGGCAAUAGGGCCCGGGGGAGCCUACGUGGGCCAUUUGGGGGCCUGAACAAACCCGGAUGGUAGAUUCCCCUUCUCCAGAACACACUUCCAGAACUUCUGGCAGCAGAAAGUUCCACUACGCCCGACAAUGAGACUACUCAUCCUCUUGGGGACCCCUGGAGGUGCCCUCCCUAGCAACGAGGCCUUCUCGGUCAGGAUGGCCAGGUUCCCUGGAUGGAGCUCAGGCCCCAGCCUCUCGGAGGCCCCGCCCACAAACCGGAGCCCUGGGGGGGGGGGGCACUCGUUCAGCAGGGGGUCUCCCCUCCAGCCCACAGGAUCAAAGAGGGAGACAUUGCAGCCCCCACCCCCCCACACCUGCCAGGGCCUGCACGGAGGGCUGGUCGUGAGUACUCAGCAGCUGUGCCUGGAUGGUCUCCACAACUCGCUUAAACCGACGGCUGGGACCUGGAAGGGGUAUGGAGACAGACUGACUUGGGGACCGACCGGGACAAGGAAGGCCCUCCCACCCUGUGAAACCCAGCAAAGGACUCUUCUCUCGGUCUCAACUUGCCCGCCCUGUGUUGGGCCUAAAACUACGGUCUGCAAAGGGGACUAAGAAAGGUCUGAGUUGAAAUAAUGAUGGGUGCCGUUUUCCACUUAAAUAGGUCCUGUUCCUUGUUAGUUUCAAGGUGAGGUCAUGUAGAGCCAGAAAUGCAAGAAAAGAAACGGGAAGUAAAAUAAAAUCUUAAAAUCGA